GAGAGAGAGAGGAGAGAGAGAGAGAGAGAGAGAGAGAGAGAACAUAAAAAACGUGAUUUGUUUUUAAAAGAAUAUGCCCUUUUUUAUUGAUAUGAUGUACAUCUCAUAUUUGAAGCGUCUUUAAAUUCUUUUCAACUUUAAUAAAGACACGUUUGCGCGUAUAAUGUGCGGUCUUUUUCGAAUGGAACGAAUCGCUUGAGCGAAGACAUAAGCGCGCGCAUCUGUGGAUUACUAAAAUCGUUUUAUUCUUUUUUACUACUAAAAAGAGACUACUAAAAAUUUUGAAACUUGAGCGCGCGAAACGAAGACCGGAGAUAGAACAGUAAAAAAGCAAAAGACAAUAGACUAACUACGGGUAUGGGUUUGACGGAUACCAGUUUCGAACUACUUCUGACUCUUUGGCGAGUCUUCGUCGUAGGAGUUUUGUCGUGGACCAAACAGUCGCGUGGUCAGUGUCGCGGUGUCUUCUUGAGCUGCAACACUCACGGCCUCAUCGUUGCUCGUUAGUCAUCUUUGGCGUUUCGAUAUUUGAUAGCGGAAAGAUGUCGUCGACAGUGAUAAAAAAUCCUGCAAAGAGUGACAGCAACGGCGGUGGUGCCGAUAGUAGAGAGACUUGGUCGGGAAAGCUCGAUUUCCUGCUGUCAGUAAUCGGUUUUGCCGUUGAUCUCGCUAAUGUGUGGCGAUUUCCAUACCUUUGCUAUAAAAACGGUGGCGGAGCAUUUUUAGUUCCCUAUUGCAUAAUGUUAGUAGUCGGUGGUAUUCCUCUAUUUUACAUGGAACUUGCGCUUGGUCAGUUCAACAGAAAGGGUGCCAUUACAUGCUGGGGACGAUUAGUACCACUUUUCAAAGGUAUCGGAUAUGCAGUCGUUCUGAUUGCAUUUUACGUCGAUUUCUACUAUAAUGUUAUCAUCGCCUGGUCACUUCGUUAUUUCUUUGCCUCAUUCUCUACUUUAUUGCCAUGGACAACCUGCGAUAAUCCUUGGAAUACGCCGCUGUGUCGCGAAUUUGAUGCGAACAUUUCAUACGCAUUCGAAGAUAUGAUUAAUAAUGAAAUAAGCGAGAAAUUUGGAAACAUCACUCGAUUUCUUGUCGAUCAAGAAUCAAAUGUGGAGCUCACUCUGAAUUCAGCGGAUAAUUAUACGUCGUAUACGAGCGCUGCACAUGAAUAUUUUAACCGUGCUAUCUUGGAACUGCACGAAAGCAAAGGCUUACAUGAUCUCGGAACUAUUAAGUGGGACAUUGCUCUAUGCUUACUCGUGGUUUAUUUGAUAUGCUAUUUUUCUCUAUGGAAAGGCAUCUCGACUUCUGGCAAGGUAGUCUGGUUUACUGCUCUUUUUCCUUACGCAGUCUUGUUGAUUCUGCUAAUACGAGGUGUCACUUUGCCGGGUAGUACCGAAGGAAUCCGUUAUUAUCUCAGUCCAAAUUUUACUGCUAUCACCAAAGCAGAGGUAUGGGUGGAUGCCGCGACACAAGUAUUUUUUUCUCUCGGACCAGGAUUUGGAGUAUUGCUAGCUUAUGCGAGUUACAACAAAUAUCACAAUAAUGUUUACAAAGACGCUUUAUUGACGAGCUUAAUUAACAGUGCAACGUCUUUCAUCGCCGGAUUUGUUAUAUUCUCGGUACUUGGUUAUAUGGCACGUGCCAGUGGGAAAUCCAUUCAAGAUGUAGCUACGGAAGGACCUGGUUUGGUUUUUAUCGUCUAUCCAGCAGCGAUUGCUACUAUGCCCGGUUCAAUGUUUUGGGCAUUAAUCUUCUUCAUGAUGUUACUCACACUCGGUUUAGAUAGCUCGUUCGGAGGUUCGGAGGCAAUUAUAACAGCACUCAGUGACGAGUUUCCAGUAAUUGGUAAUAAUCGCGAGAUUUUUGUGGCGUGCUUAUUCACUCUGUAUUUUCUCGUCGGACUCGCCUCUUGUUCACAGUUUAUUAUUGUCUAUGGUUUAAUGGGCUAUGAACCAUUAUCAUACGAGGAUUAUGUUUAUCCUGUUUGGGCAAAUAUAUUGGGCUGGCUGAUCGCAUGUUCCUCUAUUGUUAUGAUCCCAGGUAUGGCAAUUUACAAAAUCAGCGUCACACCUGGAUGUUUUAUUCAU